AUGUCAGAUUUUGAAGUUAUAGAAGAAGAUUUAGAUCACCCUAAAUUCCAAAUUAAAUAUAGAUCAAGUUCAACUGGUUCAUUAGAAACUGUACCAGAGAAAAUCCCCACAAUCAAAAUUUUAGGAACUGGGGGUACUAUUGCAUCCAAAGGUACAAGUUCUCAUCAAACAGCUGGUUAUAAAGUUGAUUUAACAAUUGAGGAUUUAGUCAAGACAAUUCCUGAUUUAUCAACCACUUGUAAUCUUUUAUAUGAACAAAUUUUAAAUAUUGAUUCCAAAGAAAUUGGUGAAGAAGAGUUGAAAGUUAUUUACAAUCAAGUUAAAAAGGAUAUUGAAAUUUAUGAUGGAAUAGUUAUAACACAUGGUACUGAUACUAUGGAAGAAACUGCGUUUUUCUUACAGUUCACAUUGAAUGUUUCAAAACCUAUUGUUUUAUGUGGAUCAAUGAGACCUUCAACCGCAAUCUCUUCUGAUGGUCCAAUGAAUUUAUAUCAAGCUAUUGUUAUUGCUUCAGAUAAAAAUAGUUGGAAUAGGGGUAUUCUUGUUGCUUUUAAUGAUAGAAUCAUUUCAGGUUAUUUCUUAAAAAAAUCAAAUGCCAAUUCUUUAGAUACUUUUAAUGCUAUCGGACAAGGAUAUUUAGGAAAUUUUGUUAAUAACCAAAUUUGUUAUUAUUUCCCUCCUUCAAAACCUAUGGGAGUUUCUCAUUUGGUUAUUGAUAGUGAUUUCAAAUUACCUGAAGUUGGGAUUGUUUUUGCUCAUCAAGGUUUAAAUAAUGAUAUAUUCAAAUUAUUUAUUGAAAAUUUAAAAGUUAAAGGGUUAGUUAUUGCUACUAUGGGAGCUGGUUCCUUAAAAGAAAGUACCAAUAGAACUAUCAUGGAAUUAAGUAAUAAACAUGGGGUACCAAUUAUUUAUUCUAAAAGAUCAAUGGAUGGUAUGGUACCAAUUGGAUCAUUACCAAAAUUUGCUGAUUUGAAAUGUAAUAAUAUAAUUGCUAGUGGAUCAAUAAGUCCACAAAAGAGUAGAAUUUUAUUACAAAUUUGUUUAAUGGUAGGUUUAGAUGUUGAACAAACAAAGAAAUAUUUUAAAAAAGUUUAUGGAGGUUCAUAG